AUGAUGUUCUCCAAGUCUAUCGCCGUGUUCCUCCUGCUACCUUUCGCUCUUGCAGCGCCCACAUCCCCCAACAACAUCCUCGAAGCCCGCCAAUCCAUCGACACCUCUACUCACUGCGGCCAAUGGGACACCGUCAAUGCUGGUACUUACACAUUCUUCCAGAACCUCUGGGGAGCAGGCGGCGCGUCGUCCGGCUCUCAAUGUGGUAAUCUCGUGUCUUUGAGCGGAUCUACCAUCGCUUGGAAGACCACAUGGACAUGGACGGGAGGCAACGGUGUCAAGAGCUAUUCAAACAUCCAGCAGAACCAAAACGCCGGUAAACAGCUCUCUGCCAUCAGCAGCAUUCCUUCUACAUGGAGUUGGUCGCAGUCCACCUCUGGAAACGUUGUUGGUAACGUCGCCUACGACCUCUUCACCGCAAGCACUCCUACCGGAAACAACGAGAACGAAAUCAUGAUCUGGCUCGCUAACCUAAAUGCCGGCCCCAUUUCUGCCCAAUACAACUCUGACGGUACUCCCAAACCGACCGCUAGCAACGUCUCGAUCGCUGGACAUACUUGGAACCUCUACUUCGGCUCCAACGGUGCUAACAAUGUCUACUCGUUCCUCCCCACCAACAAUGCUGUUAUUACGAACUUCAGCGGUGACAUCAAUGCUUUCCUCAAGUUUUUAACUUCCAGCCAAGGCGUCAGCUCUUCGCAGUACCUGAAGACGGCUCAAGCAGGGACUGAACCAACAUCUGGUUCAGCUACAUUGACUACCUCCGCGUAUAGUUUAGUGAUCAAUUAA